AUGAUGAACCUUCCAACUGUGCACAAGGACGUGUUGUCCUUUGCCUUUGAUCACUCGGUUGACUAUGACGAGAGCCAGCCACUCUAUAUUGAUGCAAGAAAUCCAUCGCGCAGUCUAAAUGCCAAUCAGUUACGUCGAAUAGUGCGGGCUUUGAUCGCAGGACUCAGGCGGUAUAUUAAGCAAGGAGAGUGUGUGUUGGUUCAUCUGGGCAAUAGCUAUGUUCACUCAGCUCUCUUCUUCGGCAUAAUAGGAGCCGGGGGCGUUUACAUGGGUGCCAGCCCCGAUAGCCCACCUCAUGAACUAGCCAAUGUUCUUGAGCUGGGGAGGCCAAGGUUAAUCAUUACGACGAACCAGACGCUUCAUGCUGUCUUGAGUGUUGCAACCAGCAAAGGCCUCGGUCCGGAGCAAAUCUGCCUGUUUGAAGAAUUGACUAUCACUAGCUUUCUAGAGUCAAACCUCAGUCAUCAUCGCCAAAAUGCUGAAACCAUCACAUUAUACGACCUUCUCGCCUGCGGCGACGAGGAUUGGAUCAAGUUCGAUGACGAAUCCCUGGCCAAAACCACUCCAGCCGCUAUGUAUUGCACCAGUGGCACCAGUGGGCUUCCCAAAGCCGCCAUUAUCUCGCACCAGGCCGUUGUCUCCCAGCAUCUUAACAAGCAAUAUGAGGUUCCAUACGCUAUCAGAAGACUGGUCACUGUUCCAGUCUACCAUCGCUUCGGGGCACUGUGGCACGCAUUUCCCAUCCGUCAAGGAGAGCCAGCGUACUUCCUGCAAAAGUUCGAACUGAAUCACUUCCUCGACGCUGUUCACAGCAACAGAAUAACAGACGUAUUUAUUGUGCCAGCAAUAGUUCACCUCUCACUUCAGUCCUCUCGGCCUGUGGCGGAGCUCCUUUCAUCUCUGCGUAUGGUAGGCGUCUCAGGCGCGCCCAUCGACACGGGAUCAUUACAAAAAUUUCAAGAACUGCUACACAAACAAGCUACUGCGGCGCAAAGCUGGGGUAUGACAGAGACCGGCCCAGUAUUUGUAUGCAGGUAUGGAGAGCGCGUCGAUAAAGGAAGUAUCGGAAAGCUUGUCGGGAUAAACGAGGCAAGACUCAUCGACGACGAAGGCAUGAUAAUAACUAGCGACAACUGUCCCGGUGAGCUAUACGUACGAGGUACGGGAUUAUUUUUGAACUAUAAGGGACGAGAUGACGGAGUCGACGCAGAUGGAUGGUUUCGAACAGGGGACGUGGCCUACCGACAAAACGAGUACUACUACCUGUUUGGCAGAGUCAAGGAAAUUAUCAAAGUACAAGGGAACCAAGUAGCCCCCGCCGAAAUAGAAGCUAUCCUUUCCAAGCACCCAGGAAUAUCCGAUGCCGCCGUCCUCGGAGUCCAAUCCAGUGACAAGAGCACCGAACUGCCCCGAGCCUUUGUGGUGAAAUCAUCAGCUUUCAAGGCCAAUCUGACCGCAGAUGAAGUCUACCAAUUUGCAAAAUCCCAGUUAGCAGGCUACAAGGCUCUAGAUGGAGGCGUGGUAUUUGUCAGUGAUAUCCCUCGGACUGCGAGCGGGAAGAUCCUACGGGACAAGUUGGCACAGAUGAAUGCUCGACGGGAGAAGAUCGCCCAGGUACUUUCUCGUCGGGUUAUCAAGGUGGUCACUUGA